AUGACGCCCCAAGUGACGCCCGGUUUCAACCCCGAGUUGACCGUUCACGUGGCCCGCCUCGGCGCGGGCGAGCGGGGACGCGCCCGCGACUCCGCGAUCCCACUGGGCCGACUGAGUGACAGGGGCCCUCCGCAGGCGUGCCGCCCGGCGGGCGGGGUCCAGCCCGAGGUGGCGUGGCUCUGCCGCGCCGUUGCACCGGAUCCACUGACGUCAGUCUGCCUCUCGCGCCCGGAGUCCCCUUGGCUUCACCUUUCUCCCUGCAGGGCUUUCUCGGGUAGCCUCUCGGGGCUGCUUUCGGCCCCGGGCGGGGCGCGCCCUAAAUCGCUGGUGAGGACCUGCGGCUUAGAACUUUCCCGAGUCGUGUGUUUUUGCUCACCGAUAAAACGCAGCUUGUGGACUGUGACCUCUCGCUCCUGCUGGAACUUUCCGAACGCCGGUUUCGGGGCGGGUGUCCGCCGUGCACCCAGUCUUCAAGUCAGCCUCGCAGGAAGCUUUGGAAGAGUCAGAAGUCUUGCUCACCCCACUGUGCCGCUAGCAGCAGAAGCAGUGGGAAGGGUGUUCUCUGAGCUGCCCUGGACAUUCAAGAGUGGCUGUGAACCAGCGGCUAAGGACUUUGUGCCUGAGGGCUUCGAGGUCCAAAUUCCUGGAAUAGCCUUCUGGGUCACUUGAGGGAACAGUGGCAUUGGAAGAGCGACUGCUAUUGAAAUAGCCAAGCGAGGUGGCACAGUUCACCCGGUGUGUCGAGAUAGAGACCAGGAAGGAGGUGCCAAAGGUGAGAUCAUCAGGGAGAGCGGUAACCAGAACAUCUUUCUGCACAUCGUGGCCUUGUCUAAUUCCAAGAAAAUAUGGGAAUUUAUUGAAAAUUUCAAGCAGGAAAAGAAACUCAACAUUCUGGUGUGUGUAAUCUCACGAGUGCCCUGAUCCCUGCCUCAGAGGAAGAACACGACUCCAGAGCGACGACAGUCUCCUCGGGAGGAAUGCUGGUUCAGACACUGAAUCCCAAUGACCUAAGUGAGGAAGGACGGCACUUAAUGGAACUAUGGUCUGUGCAUAAAACAAAUUCAUACAUGGCUGAUGAAUUAUUCCUUCUUGGGGAGAGCCAAGACCAGUUCUGUGGUCUGACAAUUUGAGCAUCACUAACAAAAGGAGCAAGCCAGAUAAACAUCUCUUUCUGCAUUUAUUCUGAUGCCACUCGUCAUGC